UCUAAUAAAACAUUUCUCCUCUCCUUGAAGCAGCAGCUUUUUAUGACAUCUCCUUUAUGUCAGAGACACUUGCCUUGCUUCUUUGGGUUAUAAACUUUUGAUGCCAGACCUCUGCAGAACGUGCCCAUCUGAAUCCUAAAGUAGCGUCUUGAAGAAAGAGGCAGAGAACGAGCAAUCUGUGACCUUCAUCCCUGCACCUACCUCCUUCCUCUCCCGGCUGCCUCCCUCCACCCCAGGGGAGCGUCAAGAAAGCUCUUUUUGGCUGCAGGAGGGGGCAUCUGGUUCUGCGAGGCUGGAAAGCCGAGGCAGGAUCUGAGGAAGAACCGUUAGACUCCGGAGAGCCCGGACUGCUUCUCCUUCCCCCCUGCCUCUGGCUCGCUCGCUCCCCGGGCUCCCCUCCAGCGCUCUCUGAGACCCGCUGGUGUGUGGGGCGGGGGACGAGGACCGCGCCGCUGCCGGAGUUCUGGGAAGUUGUGGCUGUCGAGGAUGGGGGUCUGUGGGUCCCUGUUCCUGCCCUGGAAGUGCCUCGUGGUCGUGUCUCUCAGGCUGCUGUUCCUUGUACCCACAGGAGUGCCGGUGCGCAGCGGAGAUGCCACCUUCCCCAAAGCUAUGGACAACGUGACGGUCCGGCAGGGGGAGAGCGCCACCCUCAGGUGUACCAUAGACGACCGGGUCACCCGGGUGGCCUGGCUAAACCGCAGCACCAUCCUCUAUGCUGGGAAUGACAAGUGGUCCAUAGACCCUCGUGUGAUCAUCCUGGUCAACACACCAACGCAGUACAGCAUCAUGAUCCAGAACGUGGACGUAUAUGACGAGGGCCCGUACACCUGCUCCGUGCAGACGGACAACCACCCGAAGACCUCGCGGGUCCACCUCAUUGUGCAAGUUCCUCCCCAGAUCAUGAAUAUCUCCUCAGACAUCACUGUGAAUGAAGGAAGCAGUGUGACCCUGCUGUGUCUUGCUAUUGGCAGACCAGAGCCAACUGUGACAUGGAGACACCUGUCAGUCAAGGAAGGCCAGGGCUUUGUGAGUGAGGAUGAAUACCUGGAAAUCUCUGACAUCAGACGGGACCAGUCUGGGGAGUAUGAAUGCAGUGCCCUCAAUGACGUUGCUGCGCCUGACGUGCGAAAAGUGCAAAUCACUGUAAACUACCCUCCCUAUAUCUCAAAAGCCAAGAACACCGGUGUGUCAGUUGGCCAGAAGGGCAUCUUGAGCUGUGAAGCCUCUGCAGUGCCUAUGGCUGAAUUCCAGUGGUUCAAGGAAGACACCAGGCUAGCCACCGGUCUGGAUGGCGUGAGGAUUGAGAACAAAGGCCGCAUAUCCACUCUGACUUUCUUCAAUGUUUCAGAAAAGGAUUACGGGAACUACACUUGUGUGGCCACAAACAAUCUCGGGAACACCAAUGCCAGCAUAACACUGUAUGAAAUAAGCCCCUCAUCAGCAGUGGCAGGGCCUGGAGCAGUCAUUGAUGGUGUAAACUCGGCCUCUAGAGCGCUGGCUUGUCUCUGGCUAUCAGGGACCCUCUUUGCCCACUUCUUCAUCAAGUUUUGAUUAAGAAACCAUAGGUCCUCUGAGCAACGCCUGCUUCUCCAUAUCACAGACUUUAAUCUACACUGCGGAGGGCAAACCAGUUUGGGCUUCCUUUUGUUUGUUUAUCUUCUUGAUUUUUCUUUUUUUUGGCUUUUUUGGUUUGAUUGUUUGUUUGUUUGUUUUCUAGUUUGGAUGAGUGGGGUUAUGGGGAGGGGUGGGCAGGGUUUUACCAUGUGUAGGAUAAUGAUGCAUUCGUGUGUCCAAAAAUGGAAUAUCUCCCUGCUACCCUGGCCCUUCCUCUUCUUCUACUUCUCUCCCCAUCAUCAUCACCGCGGACCUCCCUCCACCCAACACCAACCAUAAGCUCCAUCUGGGCAGAAACUGUGCCUCAUGAUAAACACCCUGAAGACACAACUUGACUUAUAAGGUAGUGCACAGCCAGAGUUGUAUCCAAGUGUCUUAUUAUCUGUGUCUUUUACACUUUGGACCAUUUUCCUUAUUAUAAUUUACAUAACCCUCCCUCCCUGUUUAUUAUCAUUUGGGUUCACAUCCUUUCUUUCUGGGAAGUUAUCUCCAUGUAUCCAUAUCUGUACAAUCUUCCCAUUUUCUCUAGCUACUCUGUCCUGUAUGAUUUCUCCACCAGUUAUAGGGAUCAGUGGUUUGGGGCUCUGCACACAACCCAAAACUAAAAAUCUAGAAGCCAAACGACCAAAAAUGGGAGACAUUUUGAGGAGAGUACUUCUCUUUAAAAGAUGCUGUCCAACCAACUAAAAAUGGUCCAUAGAUGGCUGAUUAUUUAGGUUUUAUCAAACUAUCUAUCAAAGUAAUCAUAUGGUUAUCUAUCUGCUUAAUUGUCUGAUUUACCUCUCCAUCCAGUUAUCUACCCACCCAUCUUCCUCUGUAGCAAUCUCUUUUACUCUAUUUUUCAAUUUACCAAUGUGAUUAUCUAACACUUCUAUUUCUUUCUCCACUACUCACUAUCAACUCAUCACCAUAUUAAUCUUAAUCAUAUUGUAUCUAUUCCACUGUAUUCAUUUCUCCUCUACCUAUAGCAGACAUUGGCAUCUUCAGAAUUACCUAUCAGCCUCUCAUGUGAAAGCCAAUGAUCUCACAGGCUAACACCACAGAAAAGCAAUAUGUUGUGGACACUUUGGAAGUUGGUAUCCCAUCCACCCAAAGUAGACACCAUUAACUGAUGGACCAAAGUAGCAAUCCACUCAUCAGUCACUCGCUAUUCCCAGAAGAGACUGUGUUUCCAAAAAUAUCUCCUUGAGAAGCAGAUCAGCCCUGGAAAAGCUUUGAUUAGUACUGUUUUUUUUUUUCUUUCACUCUUGAAGGACCCAGGUACCAACCUUCAUGCUUUCCUUGGCCUCUUAAGAAUGUCUUUUUAAGGAACCUUUGGGACUUACUCCAUGGCUGGAUUUUCUUAACAACAAGAAUGAGUUAAAAAAAAAAAAAAACCACUGUCUGUCGCUGCA